AUGCUCGUAUUGAUUGCCUAUGUCUUCCCGUGGUUCUUGAUUGCCUUGGUACCCAUUUUUACUUUCUUCUUCUGGCUCGUGCGCUAUUUUCGCCCGACGCAACGUCACAUCAAGCGCCUGGAUAACGUUAGCCGAAGCCCCCUUUUCUCCCAUCUUUCUGCAACGCUCCAAGGCCUGAGCACCAUUGCAGCCUUUCGCAAGCAGGACGACUUUUACAACGAAUUUGUCACACGCCUCACCACUAAUUCCAAGUUUGUAGCCAAGCCUUUGUUUUGCAUGUUUCAGUACACCACGCGUCUUAGUGCCGAGGUCGAGGGCCGAUUUAAUUCUGUGGAACGCCUGCAACAGACGAUCAAAAGCACUCCGCACGAGGACUUUUCCGGCGUUGAUCCCCCCACCAACUGGCCGGAAGAGGGCCAGGUUGAGUUUUGCGACGUGUCUGCACGCUAUCGUGCAGGUCUCGAGACGGUCCUCAAGUCCAUCUCUUUCAGCGUGGCGCCGCAACAGCACGUGGGCAUCGUGGGCCGCACUGGGGCGGGCAAGUCAUCGCUGACGCAGGUGCUAUAUCGCCUUUUGGAGCUCGAGGCGGGCCAGAUUCUAAUUGAUGGCCUCGAUAUUUCCACCAUCAAGUUGGACAUGUUGCGCUCUCGCCUGAGCAUCAUCCCUCAGGAACCUGUUUUGUUUGUGGGCACGCUGCGCUACAACUUGGAUCCCUUUGGCGUCUACGCGGACGAGCAAAUUUGGACCGCGUUGGAGCGAGCGCAUAUGCGGGAUGCCAUUCGUCGUUUGCCCGAGAAGCUGGAUGCGCCAGUUGUCGAAAACGGCAACAACUUUUCAGUCGGCGAGCGCCAGCUCUUGUGCAUGGCUCGAGCGCUGCUGCGCAACUCGCGCAUCUUGGUCCUGGACGAGGCCAGUAGUAGCACAGAUAGCAAGACGGAUAGCCUCCUCCAAACAACAAUUCGCACUUCGUUUGCGGGCUGCACGGUCUUGACGAUCGCACAUCGUCUGAACACGGUGAUGGAUUGCGACAUGAUCAUGCUCAUGGACCAUGGUACGUACAAGCAACACUGCAACGGGACUUAUCCGCCACCUGCCUGA